UUGUUCUUGAAAUACUGUCUAAAAGGUCCAAUAAUGUCAAACCUCUGGUCAGUGUUGGUUGUGUCGCUGGUCCUGUUCGUCUCCUGCGAGGCACUGGGUCUUGUGGGCGGUUGGUCUACAGUCACUCUUCCCAAUGAUGACCCAGCCGUGACUUUGGCAUUACAAGCUAUCAAUCGUAGCAAAGGAGACAAUAAAACUCGAACACUUUUACGUACUUCCAUUCGUUCACAGGUAGUUGCAGGAGUGAAUUACGAGAUCACUGCAUAUGUCACUGAUGGAAAAAAAAAAGAGAAAUGCAUCACCACUAUUUGGGUCCGAGUCUGGCUGGAUGAGCCUGACAAAUACAAGAUUACUAAAGAGCCGACCUGUGUUAAGGUCAGAUCUGUGUAUGCCUAGUCAUCUGAUACACUUCACUCAUCCUUAAUCGAAGACAUCGCCACUAUUAUUAUUAUUAUUAUUAUUAUUAUUAUGUUAGAAAUGAACGAGUAGUCAUUCUCUGGCGCUGCCAGGGUCGAGUUUCGCUAAAGAGAAACAAAAUUCAUCG